ACAGGUUUGAUAAGUAACAAAGUUUUGUGUCAUCCAUUUGUACAUGGGUUUGUGUAAGACUACAUCUCACUAUCUGGUAUUGAAAUACACCAAAUCUUGGAAAUUUCAAACAAUAAGUUCUAUUUAUUUAUGUAUUUAUUAUACAUUUAUUUAUUUUACCUGUUUUUUGUUUGUUUGUUUAUUUAUUUAUUUAUUUUAUUUUUUGUCUUCUAUAGCUAACUGCCACUCUACUUCCUGUACUAUUAUUGGUGACUCCUGGCCAGUUGGCGGUCAGUGUCUCACACACGCACAUCCCCCCUCUACUUUACAACGUCUCCUACAGGGUAGAGUCACUCGGAGUGAAGACUGAGGCUGAAAGGAAAAAACCACACAGCCAUGACAGGCAGCAUUAAGGGAAUAGAGAGGUUCGAGAGCCCAGGGAAAGGCCGAGGUCUGCGCGUCACUAAGGCCUUCAAAGUUGGAGAGCUUCUCUUCUCCUGCCCUGCAUUCUCUCAUGUGUUAUCAGUGAAGGAGAGAGGCUAUUACUGUGAGUUUUGCUUCACCAGGAAGGAAGGACUGGCAAAAUGUGGAAAAUGCAAGAAAGCGUUUUACUGCAAUGUAAAAUGUCAGAAAGCGGAUUGGGCAAUGCACAAGCUGGAGUGUUCAGCAAUUACUGCAUUUGGAGAGAAAUGGUGUCCAUCAGAGAUGACGCGCCUUGUGGCCCGGAUCCUUGCCAAGACGAAAUCACAAAAAGAAAGAUGUGUGUCUGAGAAGAUCCUGCUCAUAGGAGAGAUGCAGUCACACGUGGAGGAUGUGGACAACGAAAACAGAGAGAUGAACGAGGGGAACAUUGCUGAGCUGCAUCAGUUUUACUCCAAGCACCUGGACUUUCCAGACCACAAGGACCUGCUCACACUGUUCUCCCAGGUGGCUUGUAAUGGUUUCACUAUAGAGGAUGAUGAACUGUCCCACUUAGGCACAGCAGUCUACCCAGACGUGGCCCUCAUAAACCACAGCUGUCUUCCCAGCGUCAUCGUCACCUACAAGGGGACGUCAGCUGAGAUAAGGGCAGUCCAGAACAUGAAGCCUGGAGAUGAAGUGCUCAUCAGCUACAUCGACCUCCUUUACCCAACAGAUGAUCGCAACAACAGGCUGAGGGAGUCCUAUUACUUCAGCUGUGAUUGUCAGGAAUGUAAAACCAAGUCCAAAGAUAAGAAAAAGUUGAAGCUGCGAAAGAGGAGUGACCCCAUUGAGCCGGAGGUCGUCAACAACAUGGUUCGCUACGCCAGGAAGAGCAUCAGAGAAUUCAGGGCCUGCAAGAACAUUAAAACCCCUGGUGAGCUGCUGGAGAUGUGUGAACAUAGCAUGGAGGAGAUGGGAUCUGUCUUCGACGACUCCAAUGUCUACAUGCUCCACAUGGUCUACCAAGCCAUGGGGGUUUGUCUCUACAUGGAGGACGUAGAAGGAGCCAUCAGAUACGGGGAGAAGAUCCUCAAACCGUACUUCCAGCUGUAUCCUCCGUUCUCCCUGAACGUCUCGUCCAUCUAUCUGAAGAUGGGUCGCUUGUACAUGGUGAUGGACAGGAACUCAGUGGGUGUCGGUCUCCUCAAGAAGGCGUUGGCCAUCAUGGAGGUCACUCACGGGAAAGAUCACUUAUAUCUGGCAGAGCUGCGUAAGGAAAUAGCACAAAAGUGAAGAGGACAGUAAAGAGGCCGACCUCUGGUGGAUUCCUGUGGACUACAGACGCUCCUCUGUUCAGGAGCUCUUCACAGCUGAAGGCACUUUCUGUGGAAUGUGUCACUGUAACAAAGAUACAUUUGUUUCUAUGGAAGGUUUUUUUUUUCUUAUGCAUUUUUUUGAGAACUUUGCAGAUAUUUUGUACACGGCCUACAUUUGUACAUUAUAAAGUUGUUACGGGGUUAAUGACUCAUGACCCCAAUGCUUUCACCUGAACUCAGGAAUUUACUACAGUUGAUGGGGGUUUGACGUCAACGCAACAAAUGUCUCAGUCAGGUGGUCAGACAGCUGCUUCACCACAAGGAGACAGUGAAGGAUUUGAUUUCAUUUCCAUGUCAAUAAAGUCCAUCGUGGUGUUUGGUGAAUUGGAGCCAAGCAGAUAAAAUUGACUUGACUAUUAAAUGUGUUCCUUGGUGACUCUUUUCAAUCCCCUGCGGUCAGAAAUGACAUCAUAGUUAGUUGAAGUAUGUGGUUUGAAUCCAUCAUCGUUUAUACUUCAGUUCAUAAUCACCACAAAAAAGAGAGAAAGUGUUAGUGAGCAAAGGACUGUCAUGGUUUGUGAAUGAAAAGUAAAAUAACCGUCAACUAAAAUGCACCAAGGUGAUGGUGAAGCGUUAACUUGACUGGGCCGAGGAAAAACAACCAAACUGUUGGCCACAGUCUUAAAGAAAAUAAGGCUUUAUUGCAUAAUAGCCAAGUAUGACAGUUUCAUACAAGUCUGGGGAGAAAAAAAAGAGAUGCACUGAAAACACAUAUACAAAACAUAUGUACACAUACUCAGUAACAUAUUUAGAAGUUUGGCCAAAAACAGGGGAAGACAAACGGGGAUUAGGAUUAAAUAUUAAAGUGUGGAAUGCCUUGUGGAAAAAAAAAAAUACUGUCACGAAAACAACCGAAGUGCAACAAAA